UUUAAGUUUGCACUUUAAUCAUGCCACUAAAUGGAGGUGCUAAACAGAUUUUCAUUGUUCUGUAACAAUGACAAUAAAGAUCUCAGUCUAUACUUUUUAACCAUAUUCAGUAUAUUGGUAGAAUUUAUUAAUAAAUCACAUUACUAUAUUGUCUUUAAAAUACCAUUCUAACUUUAAAAAAUGUUGAUGUAAAUAUGAAUUGUUUUGUAAUAUCAUUUUAUCUUUUCAUGCAAAUAGUCAACCACUUUUUAAACUAAACAACAAUGGAGAAAUUCCUGGAUUAAUAUGAGCUCAAAUAUAAAUGCUCAGAAAAGUACAUAACUGUGCAGCCCUGAUCCUAUUGUAGCUGUGUAUAUAAGAUAUAUAUCUUAGGCCAGUAUGCAAAUUCUCUGGUCAGACUGGGAAUUGGUGGUAUCCCUAGCAUGAGCGUGCAGUAAAAGAGCUUUUUGUUGUGUGUGUAUAGAUUGUGAUCUUCACAAUAAGUGACUGAUGCUCAGAACUGAUCUGCACUUACAGAAAAGAAGAAGUGUAAGGUAUUAACACAUUUAAAUUGACCAGCCUCUCAACUUAUUCACGUGGUUAAACCACGGACAAGUAUUGGAGGUCUGUGUUAUAUAUGUAUAUACUUGAAAUUAUAUAUACCUGAGCAAAAUGUGCACCUACACCAGUGCUGUGGCAUUCUUCUAUUAAGAUAGGAAUGGCUUCAGCUGAAGGAACCACUCAAACAUAUAAGAUGACAUCUUUAGACCACGACAUCAACCAACAUUUUCAGGAUGCAAUCGAUGUGAUUCAGCAUAAUUCAUAUUAUGAUUCAGAUUGUACAUAUUAUGAGACUCUGGGUAGUCAGCAGUCAUCUCUGCAGUGUCAGAUCUCCUGCUGCUUUGUCACACACCAGUCCGACGUCUCAGCUCCAGUCUAUGACUGGAGUGAUUCAGCUCAGCAGUCUUGGCCUCAAGUCAUACCUGAUGUCUCCUUGAGCCACUCGGAGCAGAAUGAAUCCCCUCGUUUUUACUCCAUCCUACCAGCACAGAGGAACAGCAAAGGUCGAAAGAAGCUCAGACUUUAUGAAUACCUCCAUGAGGCUCUAAAUGACCCCAGCAUGUGCGACUCAAUCCAGUGGACAGACAGCGGCAGCGGCACCUUCCACUUCAUCUCCAAGAACAAGGAGAAGCUGGCUGAGUGCUGGGGCCAGCGCAAAGGCAACCGCAAGACCAUGACCUAUCAGAAGAUGGCAAGAGCUCUGAGAAACUACAGCCGCACAGGUGAGAUUGUCAAAGUGCGCCGCAAACUCACCUACCAGUUCAACCCAGACAUCCUGCACAGGCUCGGCUCCACACAGGCGCCCAUGCACCUGCCCUGCCACCCUGCACAGGACGGGGUCCACACCGAGCAGCAAAACCCGGCCGGGCAGAGCUACUGCAGCUCAGCAGCGGCGGAUUGGCACAGCUGGUAUGGAAACUACCAGCUGCAGGAAGACUAUGACCUGGCCUCAAGCUUCCCCUCACACAGCUGCGUCAAACUCUGAACUGAGAGGGAAGAAAUUCUUUUUCCACUUUUUUAUGACUCUCAAACAAUCUGCAUCCAUAUUCAACCUGCAUGUGGUAACACAUUACCAAUCUACAGUAACAAAGUCUAGAUUUUUAUUUCUUUUAAGAGUCUCUGUAAAGAAUCUGUAAAUAUGAUUAAAAUGUAAGUGUGGAUUUAAGUAAGAAUUUCUUGUAUCUAACUAGAAAUUAAAUAUCUGACAUUGGAAAUGUUUAGGAAACCAGAUCCAAUACAUACUGUCUAGAUUCAUGUCUGUACUUAAUAGAAAAUAAAUGAAAAGUCAAAUCUGGACACUUCUAAAAGAUUUUAACAGGCUGUUUUUUUUCUUUGGUUAAUAUGAGUCCACAUUCAGUCAAUGCAUGAUAUAGUUUGUCUAGUUUAGUCUGUGUAAGUUUAUUCUCUGCGCUGUCAGUAAAAAGUACUUAUGAUGUUGUUAUUGUGGUUUUUAUGUAGCAGCAUCACUGCAAAUUACUUGUACAUAUUUACAUAUCUCAGAAUAUGAGUGAGGAAAUUCUCAAGAAUGAUUUUUUCUUUGAAAAUUGUAGUUUAUAUGGAAUUUACCUUCUAUAAUUUCUGUUAUCUCUGUAAUUUACGAGUUAACUUGAUAAGAAGCAGGCAUUAUUUGUUUAUGUGUUGUUUAUGUGUUUAUUUUGAACACUUGUCCUGUAAGUUAACAAGCACUUAAGUGUACAAAUGAACUAUAACAUGUGGACUGAAAAAAUAU